UGUCGUCACGGAGACUUGACACGCGCGCGCACCCACCAUAAUCCUUCCCUGCUGCAAUGUGUAGUUCACUGUUUAUAGCCAAGGUCGUAAUAGCCAAGCGUAUGUUUGCAAGAUAGUAGCGUGUAGAGGGGAAGGUGAGAGAGGGGUCCGGGUGGUCUAGGUGGAGAGUGAAGAGCCUAUGAUAUAGCAUUGCGGUGGGUUGGAGCCGCUACCCUUGCUGUGAAGAUCGAUGCGCGCAUGGCACUGGUAGUGGCGCUGCGCACACCACCUCAGUAGUGGAGCAGCGGGCGUGGGAAUCACCCUCCUCUGCCCUGCUGGCGAUUUUCCCGAGUGUUAUGCUGUGUGUUUCAAGUACAAAGUGAGCAGUAGUGAGCAGUGGUAUCGGUAGUGAACGUGGCAAAGGGUAAACAUGUACAAAUAGUCUGGUAGCGCAGGGUGGCAUCCCCAGUGUGUGUUGACUCUUCUGGCUCGCACCGGCGCCUGCCCCCACCAGCAACAUUCCCCCACACAGUAUGGCCUCGGUGGCCGCUUGGUUGCCCUUUGCUCGAGCAGCUGCCAUCGGAUGGGUUCCCAUCGCCAACAACCCAUUGCCGGCGCCGCCCAUCCCCAAGGAUAAGCGGCGCCCAGAUGAUGAGAAGCUGCUGAUCAAUGUGUCGGGGCGACGGUUCGAAACCUGGCGCAACACUCUCGAGAAGUACCCCGACACACUCCUCGGCUCCAACGAGAGAGAAUUCUUCUACGAUGAAGAAACCAAAGAAUAUUUCUUUGACCGAGAUCCGGAUAUAUUUCGGCAUAUUCUCAACUACUACCGCACGGGGAAGCUCCACUACCCAAAACAUGAGUGUCUAACUAGUUACGACGAGGAGCUCGCCUUCUUCGGCAUCAUUCCCGACGUGAUUGGAGAUUGUUGUUAUGAAGAUUAUCGUGACCGCAAGCGAGAAAAUGCCGAGCGACUUUUGGACGACAAACUCUCUGAAAGUGGAGAGCAAGACAAAUAUGUUUAUCGUACAAUACGUGAGCGCAUGUGGCGCGCAUUUGAAAACCCUCACACGUCCACGGCGGCGUUAGUGUUUUAUUACGUGACUGGGUUCUUCAUCGCCGUGUCUGUGAUGGCUAAUGUGGUAGAGACGGUACCGUGUGGACGCUUACCUGGCAAGAAGGAGUCGCAGCCUUGUGGUGAGCGCUACAAAAUAAUCUUCUUUUGUGGGGACACUGCGUGUGUGAUGAUCUUCACUGCAGAGUAUCUUCUGCGUAUGUUUGCAGCGCCCGAUCGCUGUAAAUUUGUUCGUUCUGUCAUGUCCAUCAUCGACGUGGUGGCUAUCCUGCCCUACUAUAUCGGGCUGGGCAUCACUGAUAAUGACGACGUCUCCGGAGCCUUCGUCACCCUCCGAGUGUUUCGAGUGUUCAGGAUCUUUAAGUUCUCCCGACACUCCCAAGGACUGCGUAUUCUGGGUUACACGCUAAAGUCCUGCGCCUCAGAACUGGGAUUCCUCGUCUUCUCUUUGGCCAUGGCCAUUAUCAUUUUCGCUACUGUCAUGUUCUACGCAGAAAAGAACGUAGAGGAGACCACCUUCACCUCCAUCCCAUCGGCGUUCUGGUACACCAUAGUCACCAUGACGACGUUAGGGUAAGUGUCAGUCCAUCUCCGGCUGGGAUGCUCUCAGCAUCUCUUUGUUUAUACUUUUCACCCUCUUCCUUAACUACAGUCGGUUCUUUUCUUCUCGACAGUUUAUCAAAUAAUCUUCAAUCAUUUGGCGAGCAUUGAAAGAAGUCUUUAGGAGUUAUGAAAGAACACGGAUGUUAUGAUGUCCUUCUGGUCAUUAUGGCAGAUGCACCGAAGGCUUG